GCGACCUGCCCUUCCCCUGCCUGGCAGCCUACGGCACCUCGAAGGCAGCCCUCAGCCUGCUCAUGGACACCUUCCGCUGCGAGCUCCAGCCCUGGGGCAUCAAAGUCAGCAUUGUCCUGCCUGGCUACUACAAGACAGGGACAUGCGACCCUGCCUUCUGGAACCUGCAGAAGCAGCAGCUGGUGGCCAGCCUGCCCCAGGAGCUGCUGCAGGCCUACGGCGAGGAGUACGUGGAGGAGAUCAACCGCCAGUUCACCCAGUUCAUGAAGGUGGCGGCGGAGGACCUCAGCGCAGUGGUGAACAGCAUCACGGACGGGCUCCUGGCUGCCAACCCAGCCGUGCGCUACUACCCAGGGCAGGGCCUUGGGCUCAUGUAUUUCAUACACCACUAUCUGCCCUAUUUUGUCCGAGACUCCUUCUUGAAAGGAUUCUUCAUCAACCCCAAACUGCCCCGAGCACUGCGGCAAGAGCACCACAACGACAAGAAGAAGGCCUGA